AAAGCGGCGCCAAACGGAACUGGUACCGAUUCCAAAAGCAGAUGAAUCAGAAACACCAAAUUGAAGAAGAAAAUGGCGGAUUCUCAGACCGAUUCGAAAUUCUUCAGUGUUCGAAUUGUUUCAAUUGACUAUUACAUGACCGCUCCACUUCCUGGUUUUGACAUUUGUUACAGCAGUUUCCAAGGUGGGAGAGUUAAUGAAGUCCCGGUGAUCAGAGUGUACGGCGCCACUCCUGGUGGCCAGAAGACAUGCUUGCACCUUCAUGGAGCCCUGCCUUACUUCUAUGUUCCAUGCUCGGAGCUCUUCCUCCAAUCUGAUGAAAAAGGGAGCGAAUGCACGAAUGCUCUAGCUCUUGCUCUUGAGAAGGUGCUCAAGCUUAAAGGCAAUGCUGGUUCCAAACGUCAACAUGUCCAUGGCUGCAGCCUUGUACGAGCAAGGAAGUUUUAUGGUUAUCAUUCUUCAGAGGAACUGUUUUUGAAGAUCUAUCUCUAUCAUCCACAAGACGUUUCACGUGCUGCCAAUCUUCUUCUGGGAGGCGCAGUACUGGAUAAGUCAUUACAGCCCCACGAAUCUCAUAUUCCUUUCCUUCUUCAAUUUCUGGUUGACUAUAAUUUGUAUGGGAUGGGCCAUCUACAUGUAUCUAAGAUGAAGUUCCGCAAUCCAACUCCAGAUACUUUCUCCCCAAGGAAAGCCAACUGCGUUGACAGAAGAAGGCCUUCUGAUAUGUCCACUUCCACUACUGCAGAGUUUCAGGUUGAUUUAGAUGGUGAGUCUUGUUUCAAUAUGCCAAUUUGGAUAUCUUCUACAAUUCCGGACAAUUGGAUCUGGAAAUUAUCUAGUCAGGCUGAUCCUUCAACAGACCCAGAUAUUCCUAACAUUAAGCGACAAAGUAUCUCUGAACUUGAAGGAGAUGCUAGUGUUGAUGCAAUUAUGAAUCAGCAGUUGAUAUCCUAUAUGUCGCUUUCACAAACCUGUUCCCAAGAGAAAAUGGUUCAGUCACUAAUACCGAUUUGGGAGGAGGAAUUUGCGAGGAAUGGGGUGCAUGAAGUGGGCUUGCCUCCUGAUCCUGGUAAACCACUUCGAGAUGAUGUCUUGAGAACACUUUCACAUUGGAUUGGAUAUGAAGAGAUCCUAAUGGGAUUAAGCAAUGAUGUGAAGGUUUCUUCUGAUAUGCUGCAGUCAGUCAACUUAUCAAUGAAUGAUGGGAACAUUGCCAAUAUUGGACAUUGUGGCUCUUUAAAUAGUAUACGAGAACCGUCCAGAUGCCCAGAAGAAGGAUUAUUUCAAGGUCAUGUUUUGGAAAAAAGGGUGGGAACUGAUGCAUGUCCCAAACAAUUGUUAGCUGAUCAAUUGGAAGCAACUGUUUCCAUGGUAGCCUCACAAGAUGUGAAGGCUUCAGAUCAGGACGCUUUAAGACUUCUAAACUGGCUUGCAUCUUCUCAAGCUGCAGAGGACAUAAACUCUGAUGAUGACCUUGCUCGGGAAACCAUUUUGAGCCCUUUAAUGCCAGCAACAACUAUUGAUACGGCGUUGGAGAAGGCAAAUGUAGCCUAUGAGAAUGAAUCUCAGCAAGAGUGUGAGGACAUUCUUGAUUCUGUUCACGAUUGUUAUUUUGAAGAAUUAGACAGAAAGACUUCUCAGUCCAUCAACAACGAUCAUUCAUGCAGAAGUUCAACGAGUACGAUGAUUCCUCAGCUGGAUGGCUCCAAUGAUGAUCCAAGCCCCAUUUCUUUUGUUAAUGAGUCAUCUGAAACACCAAAAAGAACUAGGACAUCUUCCCAAGCAGAUUCUUGGAAUAAGGCUACUUUAGCUACUAGCAAUAAACACAAAAAGGAAAAAACAGGAUAUUGCUCUUUACCAAUUGCUUUGGGUCAGAAUUUGAAUGAUUCACAUCUCACACCUAGCAUUCACAUUUGUGACGAAAGAGAUGGCAGAGGAACUUUUUCUCACAUGAAUUUUAACAAAUACCCUAAUUUUCUAACGAGAAGUUCGAAAGAAUCUGCUAAUUGUGAAGUGGAAUCUGGUAUGAUAGUUGAAUGCUCUACACGUGAUUUGAUGAGGCUCAAAAGAUCUUAUCAGGCUGAGCCUUCUGAAUAUGGAAAUCAGGUAAAAAAGGUACAACUUGGUGCAAAAGGAAAAGAGGAUUCUUCUUUUAAUUCAGAAUCCAUUCAUGAUGAGAAAGAGAAAAUGCCUCAUGAUUUCUUGAUAUCUCGAUCAGCGAUCACGGAUCAGCCUAGAGAAUGUCAUGAAAGGAACCCUCUUGCACUUCAGUUGCAGGUUGAGCCUGGUGACAUCAAAGCUGACAAAUCAAAUAGUCCUCCUCAUGAUAAGUUGCCACUUCUAUGUAGCUCUAUGCAGGAAAAUGCAUCAACAUCACAAGGGACUAAAGAUCUAUCCCAGCUUCCUGAUGUUGAGAAUAAAAGAUCUGCCGUUUACAUGGGAGGCUGUGGAUGCUGUAGUUGCGAAAAUAUUGACAGCUGUGUGAUAUGUACAAAAAUUUCAGAUCCUGAUCUUUGUACUUCUAUAGUUGCUCCAUGUUCUCGGUUCACAUCUGAAACUGAAGAAAAAUUUCCUGGUUGUGGGAAAUUGCUGCAAACGAAUGUUAUAGGUUUAAGUCAAUCUUCUGCUUCUCCUAGUUGUUCAAUAUCUACAGUAGUCGGUGUAUCUGCUGAUGAUCUGGAACUUAAAGGCAUGACCUUCAUCAAGAAACCUCCUAAAGUGGAGUUCACAGAUGAACCUAGACGCAAUGCUCAGUCUGCAUGUGGUACUCCUAGUUACCAUGUCAACAAGAAAAAUAAAAUAAGGACAUGUGAUCAGGAUAGAGGUUUAGAUGAAUGUCCCCCUUUCUUUGAGGGGAAUUGCCUUGUUAAAGAAAAGAUUUCCAGUGCAAAUUGUGGAACAAGCAACUAUGUUCCUUGUCAAGACAAUUUGUUGGGUGUACCUGUUCAUUAUCAAAAUGAUGGAUCUUAUUUAUACAUGUUGACUCCUGUAUAUUCACCACCACGAAGUGAAAGUGUUCGUCGAUGGCUGUCACUUGAUUAUGUAGUUUCUUCUAAAAUGGAUGUGGUUUCAGCCCCACCAGUGUACCCAUCAACAAAGGUUUGCUCUGAUCAUAUAGCAGAAUCACAGGAUUCUCAAUCCACUUUUUGUGAUCAACCUUUGAUGUAUUCUGGUUCCGAACCAAAUCCAAAUCAGCUUCAAGCUAACAAAAAAUGUCAGGAAAAGAAUGGCGUACAAAUGAAUCCUGUUGUCCCUGAUGCAAGAAUAAAACAAGAUGAAGAAAUUAUUUUGAAAUGUGAACCAUCAAUGCGUGGAUCUCAAGAUCUCUCCCAGAUAUCUGGUCCUGAUAGAAAAUCAAGGCUAACUCCGUUAAGUCAAACUGGCUUUCGAGACCCGGCUAGUAUUGGUUGUGGACAGCAGUUAACAAUAUUAAGCUUAGAGGUCCAAGCAGAAUCAAGGGGUGAUCUGAGACCUGAUCCUCGGUUUGAUGCCGUAAGAAUUAUUGUUCUUGUUUUUCAGGAAGAUGAUGAUUUUGGAUCUGAUACUCAUGUACUUUUGCAUUGCAAUGGUGAAUCAGUUCAAAGAAACCUUGAUGGAGUAUCUGAAUGUAAAGUUUUAACUUUCAUUGAAGAGAGGCAAGUGUUUUUUCAUAUCAUAAAGAUGAUUAAUUCUUUUGACCCAGACAUAUUUAUGGGCUGGGAUAUUCAAGGUGGUUCCCUUGGUUUUCUUGCUGAACGGGCUGCAUACCUUGGCAUUGGUUUGCUUAACAAAAUAUCUCGCACUCCAUCUGAGGGCAAUAUAGCUUCUAGAGACUCUGAAGGAGGAAAACUAAGUGAUAUUUUAUCUGAAGCUGUUGCUGCUGACCCAAUGUUUCAUGAAGAUGCUGCUAUAAUAGAUGAUGAAUGGGGCCGAACUCACGCCAGUGGCGUCCAUGUAGGGGGUAGAAUUGUCCUUAACAUUUGGCGACUGAUGCGUGGUGAAGUGAAGCUGAAUUUGUACACACUUGAGGCCGUGGCUGAAGCAGUGCUGAGACGUAAAUUUCCAUAUAUUCCUAACAAGGUAUUGACAAAUUGGUUUUCAAGCGGUCCUGAACGUGCAAGAUACAGAUGUAUAGAAUACUUUUUAGAGAGGACAAAGCUGAACCUUCAAAUCAUGAAUCAACUUGAUGUGGUAAAUCGAACAUCAGAGCUUGCACGGAUUUUCGGCAUCGACUUCUUUUCAGUUCUUUCUCGGGGUUCACAGUACCGUGUUGAAUCAAUGUUUCUGAGGUUGGCUCACGCACAGAAUUAUGUUGCCAUUUCUCCUGGAAACCAACAAGUUGCCUCUCAACCUGCCAUGGAAUGUAUACCCCUUGUCAUGGAACCAAAAUCUGGAUUUUAUGCUGACCCCGUUGUCGUUUUAGAUUUUCAGUCACUUUAUCCAUCAAUGAUAAUUGCAUAUAACCUCUGUUUCUGUACUUGCCUUGGUAAAGUUACUUCUACGAAUGCUAAUAUCCUCGGGGUUAGUUCAUAUUCACCUGAUACAAAUGUGAUGCAUAAUUUAAAGGACGAAAUAUUGCUCACUCCAAAUGGUGUUAUGUAUAUGCCUCCCAGGGUCCAGAAGGGGGUAUUACCUCGCUUGUUGGAAGAAAUUUUGGAUACUAGGAUUAUGGUUAAAACAGCAAUGAAGAAAUUGGCUCCUGGACAGCAAGUUCUUCACCGGAUAUUCAAUGCUAGGCAACUUGCUUUGAAGCUCAUAGCAAAUGUGACCUAUGGGUAUACAGCAGCUGGAUUUAGUGGGCGCAUGCCCUGUGCUGAGCUCGCUGACAGUAUUGUCCAGUGUGCCCGUAGAACAUUGGAAAGUGCUAUUUCAUUUGUUAACACAAAUCACAGGUGGAAUGCUAAAGUUAUUUAUGGUGAUACGGACAGUAUGUUUGUACUCCUCGAAGGACGGUCUGUUGAAGAAGCUUUUCGAAUUGGUCAUGAAAUUGCAUCAGAAGUAACUGCAAUGAACCCAAAUCCAGUCACGUUAAAGAUGGAAAAGGUUUACCAUUCAUGCUUCCUCCUUACUAAGAAACGAUAUGUUGGUUAUAGUUACGAGAACGUUGGCCAAAGCAAACCAGUGUUUGAUGCUAAAGGUAUUGAGACAGUACGAAGAGAUACAUGUGAGGCUGUGUCCAAGAUAAUGGAGCGCUCUUUAAGAGUCUUUUUUGAAUAUAGGGAUAUUGAGAAGGUAAAAUCUUACCUGGUGCGUCAGUGGAAAAAGAUUAUAUCAGGCAGAGUAUCUCUUCAGGAUUUUGUGUUCGCAAAAGAGGUACGAUUAGGCACCUAUUCUGCACAGGCUUCUUCACUUCCACCAGCAGCAAUUGUUGCCACUAAAGCAAUGAGAGUUGACCCGAGGGCAGAACCUCGGUAUGCAGAGCGAGUGCCUUAUGUUGUGGUUCACGGUGAACCGGGUGCCAGGCUGGCUGAUGUCGUGGUAGAUCCCUUGGAUGUUCUUUCAAUUGAUUCGCCUUACAGGUUAAAUGACAUAUAUUACAUCAAGAAACAGAUAAUCCCAGCUCUGCAACGAGUAUUUGGGCUCGUUCGAGCUGACUUGAAUCAAUGGUUUUCAGAUAUGCCUCGUCCAGGGCGGGAGGCUUCUGGUAAACGUCACCGAUUUACUGCAAAUGCACACAGAACUAGGAUUGAUUAUUACUAUCUGUCAAAACAUUGUAUCAUAUGUGGAGAACUGACCCAGGCAUCUAGUUACGUCUGUCAGAACUGCUCCAGCAAUGAAGCUAUAGUUGCUGCUGCUUUAACAGGAAGAACUUCAGUAUUGGAAAGAAACAUCCAACACCUUGCUGCUAUAUGUCGGCACUGUGGAGGAGGAGAUUGGCUCAUAGAAAGUGGGGUGAAAUGCACAUCUCUCGCAUGUUCUGUUUUCUACGAAAGGAGGAAAAUCCAGAAAGAACUGCAAUCUCUCUCUGGUGUUACUACAGAAGCAGGUUUUUAUCCCAGGUGUGGUUUAGCAGUUCUCCUUCUUCCUUUCUCCAUCCUCUCAAUCAACACAACCAUGGUUCUUUCUCUUCUUCUCCUUAGACGCUUAUCUUCCUGUAGAACAAAACCUUAUCUUUUCACCCUUUCGCAAACGAAAACCUUCUCUUCUUUUUCACCUUCAGAUAAGCCUUCUUCUUUAUCAGCUCGCAUGAGCUUCGUAUUCGACCAAAUCGAUGCUAUUGAGAAAGAGCGGUCAGAGAAGGACCAAACCCUUCAACGAAUUCGGGCCUGGCGUGAAUCCAAAAAGGGGAAUCAAACCCAAAACCAAGCCCAGAACCAAGACCCGGUUGGGUCAAGUUCGGGUUUUUCUGAUGUGGGGUCAUCGGAAAUGGAGUUGGAAUCAAGAAAGAAUGAUGGGUUUGAAGGUAGUGGUGGAUUGAUGAGUAAGAAGGUGGAAUUGAUGCAUCCGUGGCCUGAGUGGAUCGAGUUAAUGGAGCGUUUGGUUCAGCAGAAUUACUUUGAUCAUAAGAGAAAAGAUGAGGAUAAAAUGAUUGAGAAUUUGGGGUUCAGUUUAACUGGUGUCGCUGAAGAUGAGGGUUUUGAUUUUACCAGGGAUUGGAAGACUGCUCAGACUGCUGUUCUCAAUUUUGGCAAAGAUCGUUUCGAUAUGUUAAGGUCAUUGUCGAGACAGGAUCUCCAAAUUUUGGUUGGUUAUGGAUGCCCUAGUACAGACAAGAAGGUGGUUUUUUCUUCCAAGUUAUUGAGGAAACACGUUCAUCUGGACGAAGGGGAUGUUUGCAGUUCUUGCAAUUUGAGGAGUUCUUGUGAAAGGGCAUAUUUACUUACCAAUAAGGAGGAUGAAGCAAGGACAAUGGAUGUCAUGCGUGUCCUAUUGACUUUUGGUUUUAAUGCAAUCAAUGGAUCAGUUGAUAAUGAGAGUCUUAUGAAGAAGAAAUCUGUAAAGACUGUUGUUCGCAAAUUGCUUCACGAAAUAGUGAAGUUGAGUGCUGUUCCAAUAGAUCCAAAUCUUCCACCUCCAGUUUUUAAAAAACCACCUCCAAAGGUGAAGCAGCCACCUCCCCCUCCGAGGAAACGAGUCGGACGUGAUGACAUUGAGAUGAAAAAAGGAGAUUGGCUGUGUCCAAAGUGUGACUUCAUGAAUUUUGCGAAGAAUACCAUAUGCUUACAAUGUGAUGCCAACCGGCCGAAGAGACAGCUGCUUCCAGGAGAGUGGGAAUGUUCCCAGUGUAAUUUCUUGAAUUAUAGGAGAAAUGUGGUAUGUUUUCAUUGUGAAUGCAAGCGCCCAGUUGAUGACUAUAUGGUUGCUCAACAGCAGGAGAGGCUACAAGGAUCCAGGACACAGAUGGAUAAAAUAUCUCGCCGGCAAGAUGUUUCUAAUGCAUGGAAUUUUGAUUUUGAUGAUGAUGAGUCAGAUGGUGCAGACAUUGCUGCCUUCGAGACUGCAGAUUCUCGGAAACUGGGUGAAGAUUUUCCCCUGGAUAGACAAGAACGAAGAGAUACUUCCAGGAGCAAUGAAGAUGGUUUCCACAAGAGCAGCAGGCCUCCAAAAGGUUACGAAACUGAAUACCCCGCACCUGGGAAACCAGGGGUAGGCUUUAAUGACUUUGAUGAUGAAGAAGAUGAUGUCGACAGCUAUGAGAUAGACAGUAAUGGAGCAAACAGAAGUUCUAAAAUAGAUUUCUCGGAUAUUGAGGUCAACUCCGAAUCUGAAGAUAUUGAUAGUGUUGAUGACACUUUGCUUGUUGGUAGAAGGAACAGUUCCCCCGCAAGCGAUGCACAUUUUAGACAGAGACAUCAGAAAGGGGCGUUUCGUGGUUCUGAGGAUGCUGAAGUGGAUUUUGACACAGAUGAUGAGCUUCCAAUUAAAACUAAUAUGAGAUCUAGUCAGGUUUCUUAUUCUAAACCAAGAUCUAGGAACAAAGGUGCCAAGAGUUUUGACUCUGAUGACGAUUAUGGCCUCAGCUCCGACUCCGAUGAUAGGGAUUUCAGAAGUCAGCAGAAUAAAGGGAAUAAAUGGGGAUCAAGAAAGGAAUUUGGACGGAGAAGCAGCUCCUAUAGUGAAGAUGAGCCCUUCUCUGACUCAGAGAGCAACAAAGGUAGGUCAUUUCACAAAAAUAAGCAAAGAGGCGGUAAGGCUGGUCAAAAUGGCAGAUGGGACUCAUCCGAAGUUGGUGGUGAUGGGAUAAGAGACAAACGAUCCUCUUUUCGAGAUAACAUGAAAAGAAGUCCCAGAGACUUACGUGGAAGCAGCAGGAGAAGCCAAGAUAAUGGAUAUAAUGAUUAUAGAAGCCGUGGACGUGAAGAAUCUUAUAAACAGCAACGAGGAAGAAAUAGUAAUUAUGGUGAUCAAUCAGAUAGUUACUUAGACGAUGAAAGACAUAGGAGGCCAAGAAUAAAUGUCCGAUGAGUCUCAACAUUCAGUUUAUCAUUUCAAGAGUUGGUUUACUUGCCGGAAUAGCACUAUGGGUCUCCUGAAUGAGGAAAUGGAAGGGUUAUCAGAAGUCAGAAACAGCAUUUCAACUUCUGAAUAGCCAUCAUCACAUCAGCUUCUUCCACCUAAGAGAGAUGCACUACAAGGAGAAGUGUUUCAGUGACUGGGUACAAAGUUGAUUGGCGAAAGCUUCAUACAAAUAAGCCAACUGGGAAGUAGUGAUUAUUCCCAGGCGAUGACUUCCUUGUAGCAACCCUAAGCUUGACCUGCAAAGAUGCAAUAUCUUCAAUCUUCUUCCAAGUUUUUCAUUUACUUCAGCUGAUGAUAAGAUCUACAUGUUGUAACUAUAGACGUUUUUCUGUAAACAAUAAUUUGCUAAUUAUUGAUAUUGGUCCCGUUGUAGUAUCCUACAGAAUUACACUUCAUUAAUGCAUUUCUUAGCUUA